GCUCCACUAUAUAUCCCACCGUUUCUUUCCAACAUUUUCUCCCUCUUCUUUUAAUCUGCAGGCCAAAUUUGCAGCAGAAGUUAUACUCUUCUGGUCUUUGACAUCAAAGAGUUUGAAGUCUCUAUCAUUAAUGAGCGGGUCACAUCACGCGCCGCCGGAGUUCGACUCCGUCAACGGCGACUCAUUAGCCUCCACGCCUCGCUCCGAGCACCACCAUCACCACACGUACGACGACACCACUACCGCUCCACAGGUGCCACGUGCCCGUUUCAUGUGCAGCUUCGGUGGCAAAAUCAUCCUCAGGCCACACGACAACCAACUCCGCUACGUCGGCGGCGACACUCGAAUCGUUGCCGUGAACCGCCACACUACCUUUGCAGCUCUCCUCGGAAAACUCUCAAAACUGGCCGGAAAUUCCAACAUUAACAUCAAAUAUCAGCUCCCUAACGAGGACCUUGACGCUUUAAUAACCGUCACCACCGACGAAGACGUAGAGAAUUUAAUGGAAGAAUAUGAUCGGCUAACUCAGAAUCAGAAAUCCGCUCGGCUACGGCUCUUCCUUUUUCCUAACGAUUCAGGUUCUAGAGCCAGCACUAUCAGCUCCAUCCUUGACGGUUCAGCUAAACGAGAGCAAUGGUUUGUUGACGCUCUUAAUGGUGGACCGGGUUCAGGUGCGGGUUUAGAGCGUGGGCGGUCCGAAGCAUCAUCAAUUGUUUCUGAAGUUCCGGAUUAUUUGUUUGGGUUGGAUGCUUCUGAUGAUCCACCCCGUGAAUCAAGAUUCGGGAAAAAUAAGAUCAUUUCGGAUCCGGGUUCACCCGCUCCACCCAUUGUUUCUUCCCCAUAUUGUUCUAUAUCAUCAACAAUGACGUCAUCAGCUAUGACAAUGAUUCCGGAUCUACCACCCGUUAAAACAAAGCCCGAUAAGCCAAACCCGAUAACUGAAUCCAAAGAGACGCCGGUUCAACGGCAACAACCAAGCUAUCCGGGUAGUCCGAUUUGGCAUUACCCGGCACCAACGGUGCAAACAAUACCCGUUUACUAUGUUCCAGGUCCGGUUCAUCAACCCGGGAGCAUUCCGGUUCAGUCCAUUCCAAUGCGGGCUCCAUAUGUUCAUCCUUUCCCAGUUCCUCCUAAUCAGUUACCUGUCGGGUAUCCACCAGUUUCGAGUAUAGGGCAAGUUUACAGUGGAAUGAGGCCAGUAAUGGGUGUUGACCCGAAUGAAAUUUCUGCUGCUGCAAGGGUUGUUACAGAAGGAAUGAAUCAGCAAAUGUACUAUGGAGUUAGGAAUUCAGGAGUUGUUCCGGGUUAUGGAGGUCCGGUUAGUGAAGAAAUGCAGGUACCCGGAACUGAUGGAAAGGCAAGUCGGGUCUCCCAAUAAAAAGUUCGAUUGAGAAGCAUAUAUGGUGUGCUACUUAUUGUGUUUAAGCAUUUUGUUUUUUGUUGAUAUUUGAAGCAAAAGUUGCGUCCUUAUAUGCAUUGUGAAUGGUAAAUAAGCUGUAAUUGAUAAUCUGUACUCAAAUAUGUGUGACUUGGAGUCUUGGACGAGUAUUUGACUAGUAAAAAGCAAGUUGUAAAAGCAUUUAAACAAACACAUUGUUUCUUUUUUGGCAUAAUAUAUCGACGGCCACUUAAAGUU